CGCAUACAGACAUAGACUACAGUCUAUUGCAGUGAACGCAUAGACAGACCUCUCUAUGAAAACGACAUUAUAUGCGAUAUAUCUGUGAGAGUGUGAGUGAAAGCAAAAACUAUUUGUCACUUGUUUUCAACCAUUUCUCGCGAAAAACAUAUUUCGCCUAAUCUUUCGCCACGAGUCGCCCCAUUGCCACCAAUUGUCUCACUCCUGGACACCACCAAAGCAGACAUGAGCGACGACCGACUCGAGAGGGACCGCAAUAAGAAGAUGCGAGUGUCGGCCGACACGUCCGGCCCCUCCAACGCCUCGCCGAUGACCACCGCCUCGUCGGCCACCGCGCAGACCAGCGCCGGCACCAGCGCUCACACCUCCGCCACCACUGCCACCAACUCUGGCAGACAUGUGGUCCGACACACCAACGCCAACAACAACAACAACAGCAACAGCACCACAAACACCAACAACAAUGCCAUCAACAGUACACCGGAGCGACAGAACGGGGAAAGGGAUCCAAAUAAAGACAUUAAGAUGAACCCCAAGAUGUCGAAGGCGUUGAGUACUAGCGCUAAGAGAAUACAGAAAGAGUUGGCAGAAAUCACUUUAGAUCCGCCACCGAAUUGCAGCGCCGGACCCAAAGGAGACAAUCUCUACGAAUGGGUCUCUACUUGUCUAAUGAGGUGUCCAUUGAUGCACACAAUACACCAGAUUCUGGGCCCUCCCGGCUCUGUCUACGAGGGCGGCGUCUUCUUCCUCGACAUCCACUUCUCACCCGAAUAUCCCUUUAAACCGCCGAAGUUCCAGCAGCACCGGGAGGAGCACGACCGCAUCGCCCGCUUGUGGACCAAACGCUACGCCACGUAA